AUGGUUUCCAACAAGAACAAUGCAUUUAGAAAUUUGCCUAUUAUAUACGCAAUCAGUUGCGUUGCUUUUACUGUGUUUGUUGCGUUAAAUGCUAUCGCCACGGCUGAACCUUUUGAGGAAAUGUUGCUGGAGGCGAGCGCCGCACGGACUACAAACCAGUCUCUGCUGUGGGGAACUUACAGACCAAACUUAUAUUUUGGAGUGCGGCCACGUUUCCCGGAAUCACUCAUGACCGGUUUAAUGUGGUUUGGCGUAGAUGACCUUACAGAGUGGCAACAAAUUCGUCAUGCUUGUGAGCAGGAAGAUAACCUAGACGAAUACAGCUAUAAAAAGCACGAUGGUCGUACUUUGGCAGUGCAAACUCUUACGGAUUCCGCGAAUAACGUGACUUUGAAAACUGAGUUUUUAAAGGUGCCGGGAGGCGAACAUGGUGGAAAUUGGGGAGUACGGAUAUCUGGGGUUCCGAAUCGUGAAGAAGGAAUAUCGCGACUCUCGAUAUUAUAUUAUUUCGGCUUAAACGGAGAAGGAUCAUUAGAGCUGAAGAACAAAUUAGAUGCAGACGGAUUGAGUGAUCCUAUAUUAUUAAAAGGCGAAUCUCCCGAACUUGGAAGUUUCUCAAUUGAGAUGGAAAAUGGACCGGAUCUUAAAAUACCUUCAAAUAUUCCACAUGAAUCCAAUCCGUUUCCAAAUUUACAUAAGACCCAAUAUUGGGGUCACCUCGUUCCUGGCGACGAUAUAUGGCGCGCUAAAGAAUAUGUAAACGGACAAAUCACUCUUAACGUGGAAAACAAAAUUGCCGAGGGAAGUACUCGUCCGCUACCUUACUGGUUUACAUUACGAAAUAAAGUACGGGAAGAUUCUAAUUUCUACGUUUUUCAGAAAAUAGUGGAAGCCCCAUUCCAAUUUGACAUAUAUUUUAACUCUGAUUCUUCACCCACUCAAAUGGAUACUGCUAGUCUCACAUCAGGACUCGAAUCAAGCAUACGAGAAUUUGAUCAAAGAUUCGAAAAAACAUUUGGAUUAUCAGAAAAAGGGUUUAAUGAAAAGGAAAUUGAUUUCGCGAAAAUGGCCCUAAGUAACUUGAUAGGAGGAAUUGGUUAUUUCUAUGGAUCAAGUAUUGUCGACAGAUCUUAUGCUUCAGAAGUGGAUGAAGAUGAUAUUCAGUUUUGGACUCAACGACCUGUACCCAAUCCACAAUUGACUCCACCUGCUGUAUUAUUCACGGCAACGCCAUCUCGUUCUUUUUUCCCACGUGGAUUCUAUUGGGACGAGGGCUUUCACCAGAUUUUACUUGGUAAAUGGGAUAAUGAUCUCAGCUUGGAAGUCAUUAAGCAUUGGACGUCCCUAAUAGAUAGUGAUGGAUGGGUGGCUCGUGAACAAAUAUUGGGUGAAGAAGCUCGAAGCAAGGUUCCGCUAGAAUUUCAGACACAAUAUCCUCAUUAUGCGAAUCCGCCCACUCUUUUAAUGUCUAUAAUGGCUUACAUAGAGAGACUAGAUAAAGUUGACGAUGAAAAAAAACGCAUUUAUGAUGCUAUUGGAAAACCUUUUGAUGAUGAUAUUAUCGCCACUACUGACGAUCCUAGAAUACUUCCAAAUCGGCAUGUAUUGGAUCGUAAUCUAGCCAAAUCAUCUUUACGACGUAUAUAUUCCAAAAUCAAGGCUAACUACAGAUGGUUCAAGAGAACUCAAUGGGGUGAGAUUAAAGGAUGGGGGAGAGAGGCUACAAGUAAUAGGGAGGCUUAUCGUUGGAGAGGUAGAACUCCUGGUCAUACCUUGACAUCAGGUCUCGAUGAUUAUCCUCGUCCGUCACCACCUCAUCCUGCUGAGCUUCAUACUGAUCUCCUUUAUUUGCAUUGGAGCGAAACGGACCAAGCAUUUUGCGAUUUAUCAGUCAAUGAAAAAGACGAAUCCGUUUUUGUAUGUCAUAAAGGCUAUUUGUCAUUAUUCCCGAUGUUAUUAGGGUUAAUUCCACACGAUUCGCCCAAACUGGGUGCUAUAUUAGAUAUAAUUGAUGAUCCGGAAGAAUUAUGGUCGAAAUACGGUGUGCGUUCGCUUUCUAAAUCUAAUGAAUUUUUCAAUACCGGUGAAAAUUAUUGGCGUGGUCCUAUUUGGAUUAAUAUCAAUUAUUUAGUUUUGUCGUCGAUAUAUAAGAAUUACGCGCCUAAACCAGGUCCUUACCAAUCAAAAGCUCAAAAGAUAUACAAGGAAUUACGAAAAAAUGUAAUAAAAACCGUGUAUCAGGAAUACGAAAGAACAGGUUAUCCGUGGGAACAAUAUUCCGCGCUUAACGGCAAAGGACGCCGAAGUCAUCCUUUUACUGGUUGGACGGCACUGGUGACUUUGAUUAUGGCGGAGAAUUAUUGA